AUGAGGCCCUCCUCUCUCCUCUUCACCGCUGCCACUGCGGCGGCGGCUGCCAUCUCGCACCGUGUCCGCGACUCAGCCCCGAUUGCUGUGAGCGGGUCUGUGCCGGACAAUGCGGGGGAUCCGGUCCUGCAUCCGUUCGUCUCGUUCUCCAUCGAGUUUGCCUUUUUCCCCGACUAUGCAGGAAACAAAUCUCAUCCGAACCUUUUCUCGAAUCAAUUGCUGGACAACAUUGCGGCCCUCCAAGGCAGCAAGCCGUACAUCCGCGUUGGUGGAAACACUCAGGACUACGCGCUGUACAAUGCCAGCCUGAAGACGGCCACCAACGGCACCUACAUCCCCAGCAUCUCGACCGACUACCCGCGGAUUCUCUACAUCGGGCCGUCCUUCUUCGAAUCCUACUCCACCUGGCCCGACACCAAGUUCAUUCACGGCUUCAACCUGGCCAAGAAUGACAGCAUCGCGUUGGACAGCCUGCUCGCUACGGUGCCCCUGGUGUGCAAGGCCCUUCAAGGGGGCAAGCUCGCGUACUGGGAGCUGGGCAACGAGCCGGACUUGUACAAGACCUCUGCGCAGGGCAUCAUGCGGCCGGCGAACUGGACCGAACAGGACUAUGUCAAUGAGUGGCUGAACAAGUCGAGGGCCAUCCGCAAUGCGAUGGCGAAGGCGUGUCCAGAAAUGGCCACGGACGCCGCUUACAAGUAUAUUGCGCCGUCGUUUGCGGGGGUCUCCAACAGCCUGCAGCCUGUCACUACGUGGAAGGACGGACUGGACACGGAUCACGAUAUUGCGCUGAACUCGGAGCACAACUAUAUUGGUGGUGCUACCCAGCCCGGCGUCACGCUGCAGGGCACCCUGAUGAACCACACGUCCACGGUCAACAGCGUGAACAAACAAGUCAACCUGUCGCGGGUUCUGACGGAGGAGAACCUCACCCCGGGCAUCCCGUACAUCCUGGGCGAGACCAACUCGCUGUACAACGAGGGUGCGCCGGGCCUGUCGAACGCCUUCGGCGCCGCGCUCUGGGGCAUCGACUUCAACCUGUACUGCGCGUCGCAGGGCAUCCGGCGGACGCACAUGCACCAGGGCACGGACUACCGGUACGCGUCGUGGCAGCCGGUGCAGACGAACAAGACGACCAUCGGCACGAAGCCGCCGUACUACGGCAACAUCUUCGUCGCGGCGAUGCUGCAGGGCGGGUCCGACGUGCGGGUUGUCAACCUGCCUUUGCCGAAGGAGGAAGAGGCAGCGUACGCGGCAUAUGUGGAUGGCAAGCUGGCCCGCAUCGCCGUCGUCAACAUGGUCGAGUUCAACUACACGGAGACAAAACCCAACGCGACGCGGCCGUCGGCGACUUACACGUUCCAGGUGCCGCCAUCGUCGUCACAGAAGUCCCUGUCGGUGCAGCGCCUGCUGGCCAACGGAAGCAAUGCCAUCACGGGCAUCACCUGGGACGGCUGGUCGUACAACUACGAGCUGCAGGGCGGCAAGCCGGUGCGCCUGCACAAUGUCACGGUGGGCGAGAAGGCGUCCGUCAAUGAGCAGGGUGUGGUGGCGAUUGACGUGCCGUACUCGAGUGCGGUCAUACUGAACGUUGAGUGA